UAGCCCCGGUCAGAGCCGCUCAUUAGCGGUUGCGGGGUCGGGUGUCCUCCCUGCGAGGGCAGGCGGGGAGCGCGGCCGGACAUGGGGGUACGGGCAGCGGCAGCAGCAGGUGUGGCGGAGCCGGCGGCGGGAUGGGGCAGCGCUGGUACCCGGCCGUGUUGCUCCUCACUCUGGGGCACCUGGCUGGGCUGCUGGCAUCGGGCAUCGCCUGUCACAACGUUUACCAAGACUUAUCAGAAUGCAUCCUCAAGCUGGGGGAAAACAUGGCCACGUACGAGGAGGCAGAUGGCAUUGAGCUACAGGGCUUGCACCGUGUCUGCGGGUACUGGGAUGAGUUCCACACGUGUGCCCUGACAGCGCUCAGGGAGUGCCAGAAGGAAGCAGCGGCCGUCUGGGAGAUGCUGAGAAGGGAAUCUCGAAAACUCAAAUUUCAAGGCAGCUUGUUUGACCUCUGCAGCCCCAGCAUGGCCCAAAGCUUUGCCUGCACCCACGUUCCCAAUGUUUCCAUCCUCGGCAUCCCCCUCAUCAUUACUUGGCUGAACUUAUAAACUGCAGCUCUGUAAGUAUCACAGCUAAGGUGGUGGCAGCAUGUGUCGUGGCAUCUUUCCGAUUAUUUUUACAAACCUUUGGGGGAAUGCACUUUGUGGUGCUCAGCAAACACUUGGCUCCAUCCUGCACCUAUGAGAUGUCGAAGAGCUUGGCACAGCUCCUGGGUUUUGCUGUUUCCCUGUAAUUUGGGAUGACACCUGUCCCCUCCUCCUUCAAGGCACUGACAUGGAUCUGGCUGACUGCAGAAUUUGGGAACUUGUAGAUAUGGGGCAGAGGAUAUGGGGAAAAAUGAUAAAUUGGUUGUGAACACUGAAUACUUUUGCUUUCUUCUACGGGAAGGAAACCUGUUUACUUUGCUGACACUUUCCACCAGAUCAACUCUCCAGAUUUUUGAUUUGGGUACUGAAAAGAAGAUGGACAUUUUUACCACAGAUCUGUGAGGUGCAGGGGCUGGUGUAUGUCCUGUCAAAGGCAGAAAGGAGUCCUUAUCACCCUAUCCUGGUCUUUUUCCUUUGAGGACAUGGUGAAACCCCUGCUGAAGAAUAAUCACAAGUGCAUGACUUCUCUUGUACACAUCUGGAUUCUUACGUAACCCCUGUGUAAUGUGUAAAACCCUUUUCUAAUGAAAUAGAGGGCAAAAAUAUUUGGGGGGAGAGGGACUGUCAAGCUAGCAGGACAAAAGGAUUUAUAGCAACUCUUUGGCUUUAAAGCUCUCUCCAAAUGUACCUGUAAGCAGCUCUGUGGCUGGCAGAGUGUAACUCCAGAGUAUUAAAGUUUGUUGUAGAGUCUACAACAUGGUAGAA